AUGGCAAACCUCACCGGUAAUGACGGUUAUGAGUCCUCAAACUUCAUUUAUAACAACGAACCUUUUCCGGCCAUCACCAUUUGUAAUAUGAAUCAAGCGCAGUAUAGCAAAGUCAAGAAUUUCGAUGUUCAAUCGUUGAAUUAUGCCAUGCUGCAAAAACUAUGCUUUCAAGAACUAAAUUAUUCUUCAUUUGCCCACACGAAACCAUUCCCUAAAGGCAACAGCUUUUCUAGAUUUAUUGUUAAGAAUGGUCAACCUUGUGAACAUAUGGUGGUGUAUUGUAUAUAUGGAAACACUAAAAGAGUUUGUACUGACUUAUUUCGGGAAGUUCUCUUAGAUGAGGGUUUGUGCUGUUCCUUUAAUAUGGUUCAUCCAUUUAUGCUGUAUAAGGGAGAAUAUUAUAUGAUACAAGAUUAUACCUCUUUUAAUGGUCAGACUAUACCUCUAGACUGGAGCCCCGGGAAAGGAUAUCCCAAAGAAUUGCCUAAUAGUUAUUAUCCUCGUGCCUCUUUAGGCGAGGGUAUGUCUAAUGGUUUGACAAUAGUUCUUAAUGGAGAUAUAGAUAAUUACUAUUGUUCUUCAACAAAUGGUCCAGGGUUUAAGGUCUCUUUUCACAAUCCUAUUGAUACACCACAUGUUAAGGAAACCGGUUUGUCCAUUGCCCUGGGUUAUCAGACCAAUUUUCGUGUAACCUCUUUAAAAGAAGAAGCCGUUGAGGGUCUUCGUACAUCUUCUAAACCCAAGGAGCGCCAAUGCUACUAUAGUGACGAGUAUCCCCUGUAUUAUUUCCGCUAUUAUACCCGUCGCAAUUGCGAAAUGGAAUGUGAUGCCUUCUAUAUGUUGGAGGAAUGUAACUGUAUUCCAUAUCAUAUGCCUAAAUUGUGGCAAAACGUUACCGAAUGUAACGUUCGCCACUUCAAUUGUGUGGUGGAAGCUGAAAAAGAUUUCGUGGAUCCUAAACGUUUAAAAUGCAAAAGAAAUUGUCUGGCCAGUUGUAAUGAUCUUUCCUAUUUUCCAAAAGCUUUCUUUACACCUCUCGAUAAUGAAGGUUUUCAAGUUAGAAGUCCAUUUUUUCGCAAUAUGUCUAAGGAAAGUCUUAAUAAUAAUUUUGCCAUGUUGAAAAUCUUUUUCCCACAAAAUUAUUAUCGAGGCAAUAUCAAAACUCCCUAUAUGGGUUUAACGGAAUUUUUAUCACAAACUGGUGGUAUUAUGGGUCUUAUGAUGGGCUUUAGUAUUAUAUCAUUGGUGGAGAUGACCAACUCCAAAUAUCGCUAUCCCGUAGCGCCACCGAAUGUUUUAUCUGGGACAAAGUUGCCGCCUUAUACACAACAUUUUGAACAUCCAAAUUAUGUACCCUGA